AUGGAAGGAGAGUUAAAAUUAGAGAAUGAUAAAGGUAGUACUAGUAGUAGUGUAGAAUUAAAACGAAGUUGGAGAAAUCGAACCAUGUCUUCCUUAAACUCUCCUCCUUUGGCUUUACUUGCUUUAUUUGGUGUUGUUGUAUUUUACCUUUACUUGUCUACUUACUUCCCUUACAAAGAGUCACUUCAUCGCGCUUCCUUUAGUUUGAAGCUUAUUCUUCUUGCUCUCCCUGCCUUGCUCAUCUUCAUGAUGCGUACCAACUACAAUUCUAGCGACUCCGGGUCUUCCAAGGGCUGGUAUUGGGUUCGAAUUCCUAAACCCGAGCACGACUCGUUCCACCGUGUUGGAGGUUCCCCUUGGGGUGUUGCUUUGGUCGUGGUUUUGCUCUUGGUCAUGAUCUCCUAUCAUUCUUCUGUUGGUUCUCAUUGGUUUCGGCCUCUUUGGUAUCAUCACUACUAUUAG